UUCCCACUCUUCCAGUCUUCCUUCUCCGUUGUCCCUUGCCUUCUUUCUAUUAUAUAUGUCUGCUAUGUAUAGCAUAAAAGUAUAAGCAAAACACCACACGAAAGCUAGCGGGCUGAGGAGUGAGUGAGGACCUUCCUCUCUCGCUCGCUCGCUCGCUCGCUCGCUCUCUCGUAUCGAUUGCCAUGGAAGGGGUUCAGAUGGAGGAGCUGACCUCUGGGGCCAGCGGGCGCUUAAUACCUGUCUUCAGGGAUCUUCGAAGAAUUGUGCUUUCGUGGCGCUCCCUCAGGCGUUUCUUCAUCUUCAUUCAGUCUUUCUUUCUCUGGUUUCUUUUGCUUUUGCCUCGGAAUCGCUUUUCUUCGUCGUCCUCGCCUUCUUCUUCUUCUUCUCCCUCCAAGUCGUCGAGGCGGGUAUUGGUUUUCAGGAGAGAUGUAGAGGACGCUUUGAGGCGGAGAGCGUUGGCUGAAGGACUGGAAAUGUUUUCUGAGGCCGAAGAUGAAAAUGUUUGCCGUUGGAGUACUUCUAUGUUCUUUGGAGCGAGCAGGAACGCUUUGUUCUCGAGGUCGUGGUUUCCUGUCUCCGGGGAAGUGAAGGGUAUUAUGAUCAUUAUACAUGGUCUCAAUGAGCACGGUGGAAGAUAUGCUCAUUUUGCAAAGCAACUUACUUCAUGCAACUUUGGGGUCUAUGCAAUGGAUUGGAUAGGCCAUGGUGGAAGCGAUGGGUUGCAUGGAUAUGUACCUUCACUUGAUCAUGUUGUUGCAGAUACUGGUGCUUUUUUGGAGAAAAUUAGAUUGGACAAUCCUGGAAUACCAUGCUUUCUUUUUGGCCAUUCAACUGGUGGAGCUGUUGUUUUGAAGGCGGCUUCAUAUCCUCGCAUUGAGAGCAUGCUAGAGGGAAUUGUACUGACUUCACCAGCAUUACGCGUUAAGCCAGCACAUCCAAUUGUUGGAGUCGUUGCUCCUUUACUUUCUCUUGUGGCUCCCAAGUUACAAUUCAAAGGUGCCAACAAGAGAGGCAUUCCAGUUUCAAGGGACCCUGCUGCUAUGGUAGCAAAGUACACAGAUCCACUAGUCUAUACUGGACCCAUUAGAGUACGAACAGGGCAUGAAAUCCUACGCAUCUCCUCUUACCUGUUGCGAAAUAUGAAGUCCAUCACUGUUCCAUUCCUGGUUCUCCAUGGAACUGCUGAUAGGGUAACUGAUCCUCUUGCCUCACAGGACCUGUAUAACAAUGCAGCAUCAGAGUUCAAGGACAUAAAGCUCUAUGAUGGUUUCCUACAUGACCUUCUCUUUGAGCCAGAGCGUGAAGAGAUUGCAGGAGACAUCAUCAACUGGAUGGAAAAGAGGUUACAGGCACAACCAAAUCUGAGAAAGGAUAAUUUCUGGUGAAUAGAAAGCAUCACAAGAUGGCAUCAUUGUUUUCUCAUUGCUUGGGGUGAUCAUUGUACUGAAAGUCGAGUCAAAUUCGUCUGACCUUUAGCGGCCAACAUAUUGGAUGGGGAUGUAGGGAUUGAGUCUUGUAUACUAAAUAAUA